UAAAAAGCAAAGUAUAAUAGUUGUUGUUGGUGCGCGUAUAAAUUUCAAAAUGUUUGAAAAAUAUUCGAUGAAAAAGUGCUCCAAGCAAAUUGAACAGCAUGAAGAAGAAAAAACUGAGCGAAAUAUUUUGAAAAUUAUAUUCUUGGCAGUGCUCUACAUUUCGGUUAAGCUACAUUAAUUGAAAACAUUAGAAAAGAAACUGAAAAUAAUAUUAUAUUAUGUAAAUAACGGAUACUGAGUGACAUAUAUUAAUAAUACUGAAUAGUCGCGCGUGAAAAUCAGCUGACUUAAAAGAUUACAGUUGGAUUUUUGUGUUUUUAGUUUUUCCAGUGUUUUCUUCGGUCUUUAUUAUUUGUGCGUUAAGCGCAGCGCGACAUUUGGCACCUGUUCAGCAAGUUUUUGAAAAGCGUUUAAAAAAUCAUUUCAAGCUAUUUAUGCAAACGAGUGAAACCCACAGAGAGGGAGAGAGAGAGAAAGAGAAAGAGCGAGAGAGGGGCAGGAGGUGUAACUAAGCAGCCGUUGACCUAAUUCCGUUAAAACUGAACUCAACUCAAGCAGAAGGCCACUUCAGGACCUAGGGCUGUCUCAACAUUGAAUAGCCGUACAGGAACAGCAAGGCAAGGCUAAAUAACAGCAACGCACAAUCAGAGCAGAGCAAGGCGGUUUCAAGAAACAUCCCAACGGAUUCAACAGAUAUUUAACUACCUAUAUGUAUUGGCCUAUAUAGCUAUGAAAAUACGCAGAAAAAAUACUGAUUAAACUUAUACUACAGCAUCACUAACGACCAGCAGAAGCCGUGAGCACAAAAUAUUUAUUAAGCUGACCGCAAAUAGCGCUUUAUUAAGCAUACGCUACGUUAGCCAGCAGCCGGGGCAGGGAAGCGGACGGACAAGCGCACAUCAAAUUAGUAAUCAAGCAUCACAAAAGCAACGCCGAGGGGCACGCUGUAUACGGUUCACGGCGUAAGCCUAAGCUCACCCGGGGUCUGCUGCCUGGCAGCUCAAUGCGAGGCAGACGAAACUAAUAAGACGACGACUUUAUUUUUAUUGAAAUUAUGAUUAAUGACAAGAAUAUUGUACGACGGCGAAGUGGAAUCAGCGCGAAUUAAGGGCGAAAGCCCAUGACUAUGAUGAUGAUGACAAUGAUGUUCAUUAAGUUAAUGAUAAUGCUGCGGCCAGGGCGCGAUUUCUGACGCGUAUGUCAAGCCAUCUACAACACCGCCAUGGAGCAGUCAUCGCAGUUAACGAUGAACUUAAUCAAAGACAGUUUAAUGGGUGUCAAUACCGUUGUCGCUGUUGAUUGCCAGCGUGUAAACAACUACAACUAUAACAACUAUAACAACAACAACAACAACAGAAAUUAAACAAAACUAUAGCUCAUACGACGCGUUGUACAACGGAAUAACUAACUACUUUAAAAGCAAGUGAAAGUGAAAGCACGAAAAAAGGUAUUUCGGUUUAAUUUUUUGAAAAUUUGAUGGCUUCGCCUGGGCAGCAUUGUGCCGCAGCAGACGCCGCCCGAAGAAGACGCCAUCAGCAACCACAGCAGAGCGACAAUAUUAGCAAGAACAUCAACAGCAACAAACUGAUAUCCAUAGCCACACUGACGCUGCUGAUACUCUGCUUGAGCAGCUGCAUUGCCUACGCAGCCGCAGCAGCGGCAACAACCACGGAACAGCCAGCGACUCGGAGCAGCAGUAGCGGCAGCAGCACGGACAUCGGUAACCUGGGCGAGGAUUUCAAUAGCAGCAGCGCCUUUUUGGGCGCUAUUGCAGCUGCUGCUGCCGGCUCGGUGAACAGCAGCCCCAUUGCCAUUGUCAGCUAUCAGGGAAUUACGAGCCGCACACCAAAUGGCAGCAGCAGCACGCUGGUGUCCAUGUCCGAUACGCCGCUGCUGCUAGAUGAUCUGGCCGCGGGUGAGGAGUUUGAGCUGCCGCCACUGCAGUCGGUCAUUGUGAGCAUUAUCCUACUAAUUGUUAUAUUGGGCACCGUGGUGGGCAAUGUUCUCGUCUGCAUUGCCGUUUGCAUGGUGCGCAAGCUUCGGCGACCCUGCAAUUAUCUGCUCGUAUCUUUGGCGUUAUCUGAUCUCUGUGUGGCUCUGCUCGUCAUGCCCAUGGCCCUGCUCUAUGAGGUGCUGGAGCGCUGGAGCUUUGGCACGCUGCUUUGCGACAUUUGGGUAUCGUUCGAUGUGCUUUGCUGCACCGCCUCCAUACUGAAUCUGUGCGCCAUCUCCGUGGAUCGCUAUCUGGCGAUUACCAAGCCCCUCGAGUAUGGUGUGAAGCGCACGCCACGUCGCAUGAUGCUCUGUGUGGGCAUCGUUUGGCUGGCGGCCGCCUGCAUCUCGUUGCCCCCAUUGCUGAUACUGGGAAACGAGCACGAGGAUGAGGAUGGCCAGCCCAUAUGCACGGUGUGCCAGAACUUUGCAUAUCAGAUCUAUGCAACUCUGGGCUCCUUCUACAUACCCCUCUCCGUCAUGCUCUUUGUGUACUAUCAGAUCUUCAGAGCCGCACGACGCAUUGUUUUGGAAGAGAAGCGCGCCCAGACGCAUCUGCAGCAGGCAAUGAAUGGCACCGGCUCACCGCAGACGGCCACAGCACCCGUAUUGGGCCACACGGAACUGGGCAGUGGCAAUGGCACUGGUCAUGGACACCGGCACAGCAGCGUGGGCAACACCUCGCUCACCUACUCCACCUGCGGCGGCUUGAGUACCAGUGGCGGCGGCGGCGGUGGGGGCGGCGGCAUUGUGGGCAUUCCUCAUGGCCAUCAUGGUAGCGGUGGCGGCGUGAGCGGUUCCACUGGUCUGCUAGGGUCGCCGCAUCAUAAGAAGCUGCGCUUUCAGCUGGCCAAGGAGAAAAAGGCGUCCACGACACUGGGCAUCAUUAUGUCCGCUUUUACUAUAUGCUGGCUGCCAUUCUUCAUACUGGCGCUGAUCCGGCCGUUUGAGACGAUGCAUGUGCCAGCGUCGCUCUCCUCGCUCUUUCUCUGGCUGGGAUAUGCCAACUCGCUCCUAAAUCCGAUUAUCUACGCUACUCUGAAUCGUGAUUUUCGCAAGCCCUUCCAGGAGAUACUCUACUUCCGGUGCUCCAGCCUGAACACGAUGAUGCGAGAGAAUUACUAUCAAGAUCAGUAUGGUGAGCCGCCCUCACAGCGGGUCAUGCUGGGCGAUGAGCGACAUGGAGCGCGCGAGAGCUUCCUGUGAAGUCAAUGGAUCCCUGUAUACUUGGCUCCUUAAAUUUAUAUAAAUGUUAAUGUAUGUAUAUGUGUUGUUCUCUAUACGGAUAGGCCAAAACUAACUAGUGUCUACAGCUUGGUUUCCCCUUCCACACAAAUACACACACACCCGCCCCCACACACACACACACUGAAACACACACAUACAUAUAUUCUAUGUAUGAGUGUAACUGUUUACCUAUGAGUAUUUUUUGUAUGUAGUAGUGAUGCAUAACGCAAACCCCAAAGUACGAUAUAUGAUAAACGAUAAAUCAUAAAUGAUAACUGAUAAAUGCUA